UCGAUAUUAACAAGAGAGGUUGCUCAGCGCCUGUGCAUUGUUAGAAAUGCCGAUAUUUCUGACCUCAUUGGCGGCCACUCUACUUGCCUUUGCUCUGCAUUGUUCUGCUUUUCACCCACCUCAGAUUCUACCGGGGAAUAUGUUUUUGGAGAGCAGCCUAAGCCAUGCUGUCUUCUGGCCGACUGCGAUGCUACUAUUGAGAAAGCUUCGAGCUUCAGUUCCCGAGCCAUAUAUUCGGCUUUCCAGGCGGCUGAGCUGCCCGGCAGCCUUUUAAAUGUCACAAUUCUAAUCGGUGUCUUCUUGAUCGACUCGGGACUUCCGCUGAUGGGUGUGGUAAAUCAGCCUUUCUACAGGCCGUCUCCUACCAGUGACUUAGGUCGAAUAUUCUUUGGUUGCACGCCAAGUUUGCUUAAGUCCGUGGAGCUAAAGGGCCUGAGCCCCUCCGUCUGGGGUCCUAUGACUGAUUCAACCAAUAGUGAACCGGAACCCGCCUGUUUGUGUGCUCUUCCGGAUCGACUUUUCGAGACUGCAUUUUCAGACUCACCGAACCACCGACUUCGAAUAAUGGCUUCUGUCCUUGAUUUACCUCUGUUAGAAACAAGCUUCACAAAAGCACUGAAUUUGCAUCAAGGUGAUGCAGAUCUGUGA